AUCCAACUAUUUUAUGCAGCCGCUUUCCACUUUCCUUCUCUCUUGCUUCGAACGAGUCUGCAAGCUGCACAGGAGCUCAAUCGCCGGUCCUGGGACGAUACUACAACCUGAUUUCGUAAUUUUCGAGCUUCGAGAGUAAAACACACAAACAACGAUGAGCGGCAUUUCGUUGUUGAGGCCACUUUUUCUUGGCGCGCGACAGCUGAAGCACCCGGCGAUCGUGAAACGUGGAUUUGCCGCAGCGGCAUACGAGAACAUCCUUGUGGAGAAGAAAGGUGCCCAGCAGAAUGUUGCCUUGGUUACGCUCAACCGGCCAAAAGCCCUCAACGCCCUGUCGAGUGCCCUCAUGACUGAGGUCGGGCAGGCGAUAGAUGCUCUCAACAAGGACGAAUCCGUGGGCUGCAUCGUCAUCACUGGCAGCGAGAAGGCCUUCGCCGCCGGUGCGGAUAUCAAGGAGAUGCAGAGCAUGACGUUUGCCAAGUGCUUCACGGGCAACUUCCUGAGUCAUUGGGACAAAGUGGCACAGUCCAUCAAGCCAGUGAUUGCAGCUGUGAACGGUUAUGCUCUAGGUGGCGGCUGUGAGCUCGCAAUGAUGUGCGACAUUAUCUAUGCUGGCGAGAAUGCCAAGUUUGGACAACCUGAAAUCAUUCUCGGAACCCUCCCAGGUGCGGGUGGCACCCAGCGUCUCACCAGGGCCAUUGGCAAGUCACGGGCCAUGGAAAUGACGCUCACCGGCAAUCAGAUCACAGCCGCCGAAGCUGAGAAAUACGGCCUGGUGAGCAAGGUGUUUCCAACUGGUCAGCUGGUGGAUGAGGCCAUCAAACUGGCUGAGAAGAUCGCCAGCUACUCCCAGGUGUCCGUUGCACUUUGCAAGGAGAGCGUCAACCACGCCUUUGAGACUACGCUCCAGGAAGGACUUCGUGUUGAAAAGCGUCUUUUCCACGCAUCCUUCGCUCUGGAUGACCGCAAAGAAGGCAUGACCGCUUUUGUGGAGAAGCGGCCACCAAAGUACACGAACAACUAGACGUACAUCGCGCAGCCGUCAAAAUGGCACCCCUAUGAAACCUUUCCUACGUGCAUUUUCUCGAAUUUAGAUGACUGAAUAAAUGUGUAUAUUUUGUGCAUAUA